UUGUUUGAGAAAAGAUAACACUCGACCAGAUAAGCAGUCUUGGCCAAAUGGACGUUUUACAAACAAUAAAGACAUGAAACUUUACCGCUCCAGCUUCUGUCUCAAAGCAGACGAAUUUCUUUCGUGUUAAGUCACGCGAGAUCUCGCGUUAAUCAAUAUGUCAGCGCCCAUAUAUCAGAAACGUGAACAGCAGCUCAAAUCGUUUUGAAAAUAUCCUAAGAGUUAUAUCGAUUAACAAAGUUAUACUUGUACUUUAAUAUCACACAUAAUUGGUAUUUUGUUUUCUAAAGUAAUGGAUUUGAAAAAGGAAGCCAGCGAAGGAGAUGGAUCUUGUAAAUGCGAAUCCGUAACAAACGCUGACGCUGUCAACAGUACGGACGUUGCCGGUAGCUCGACAGCUGUGUCUUCAAGUAAUACAGGUACUACAGACGGAAGUACCGAGGAGAAACCGACCGAAGUCCAAAACCUGUCGAAAAGGCAGUUGCGUAAACUAAAAAAGCAUGAGAAUUGGUUGAAAUAUAAGCCCAUCAAAAGAGCCAAAGAUAAAGAGAAGAAGAAACAAAGACGCAGAGAUGCAAAAGAGAAAGGAGAGGAGCCUGCCCCAAGUCGGAAAAGGCUAAAGCUUAAUACCAUGGCCAAGUCCGACUGCCGUGUGUCUGUGGCUAUUGAUUGCUCCUUUGACAGCUACAUGCAGGAGAGGGACAUUCUAAAAUUGGGAAAACAGAUCCGAUGGUGCUAUUCUACCAACAGGAGGGCAGCCAAUCCUGUUCAACUUCAUGUGUGUGGUAUCCAUGGCCAGAUUAAGACUCGACUGGAUGGCGUUGGUGACUACAUAAAUUGGGAUAUUAAUAGCUCAGAGAAGGGUUACGAGGAACUAUUUGACAUAGACUCAAUGGUGUAUCUGUCAAGUGAUUCUCCCAAUAUCCUCACUGACCUUGAACCUGAUAAAGUCUACAUCAUUGGUGGACUUGUGGACCAUAAUCACCACAAGGGCCUUUGCCACCAGGUGGCAGUAGAAAAAGGUUUGGCGCAUGCACAGCUUCCAAUAUCAGAAUACAUACAGCUCAAGUCACGCAAAGUACUCACAAUCAACCAUGUAUUUGAAAUUCUGCUGAGUUAUACAGAAACAAAAGACUGGCAAAAAGCGUUCUACACAGUGUUACCACAGAGGAAGGGAGUCCAGCUUAAGGAUUUAUCUGGUCGUAGGGAGAUGGAGUCAGUGAGCAAGCUCUCUAGUGAUGAGGAGCCAGUGAGCAAACUCUCUAGUGAUGAGGAGUCAGUGAGCAAACUCUCUAGUGAUGAGGAGGAAUCAGAUAGAGAACUUUCUAAUGAUAACCAAAUAAUUAACAGCUGUGAUAAUGUAGGUUCACAAGGUCACACAGACUCUGCUGAAGGUCAUGACAGAAAAGAAAGUUUUGAAAAGGAUUGUGAUCACAUAGCAGUUUGUGAUUCUAAACAACUUGAUGAAACACUUUGAAAAGAAGAAAAUAUUUAAGCAGUAAUGAUUGCGUGAAUUUGAAUACAGCAUUGGAUGAAGGAAGAUUGUUUUGCUUUAUACUGAAUAAUAAUAAUAAUGAAACCUCACACAUAAACACUUUGCUGGUUGUCCUACAUAAAUCUUUCUAAAAUCCAUAUUUACCCAUCUGGAAAAUAGUUUAGAACUGUACACUACAGCAUAUUAUAUUAAACAUCCGUAUCUGAAAACAAAAUCUGCAACUUUUGAUAAAAUGAAUAUAAAGUACCAUUAUGAUUGGUUAAUGCCAAAAGUAAUAUCUUCACACUGUUAUAAAUAUUGCCUUUGAUAUCUGUUAUGAUGUGAAGGAUGUCAGGUUUUUUUCAAGUUGAUAAAUUGCCAGAAAUGUAAUAAAACCUGUUUCACUCAUAUUGAAGUAGACUUGUUC